AUGGGUAGGAAUAGAUGUAGCAAGUGGUUGGCUCGUGUUGUAGGCGUCAUAGCAUCUUUGAGUGCUAUAUGUUCAGGAAAACCUGGUUAUGUCAAGGUUCCAGAGGAAGAUCAUUUGGGGAAUUCCAUUCAGGACUCACACCCAAGAGUCAGUGGAGGCCACUGUGAAUCUGUCAAAGACAAUUUAUUGAUGUUUGUGAGUACUCUAGAUGGUAGAGUUUCAGUAUUAGAUGUUAAAAAUGAAGGACAAUUAUUGUGGUCUGUACAGGCUGAUGCUAGACCAUUAUUAUCUUCUAGUAUUGGCAAAUUAGAGCUGAAUAAAGAUGGGGUAAGAACCAGACUGAUACCAUCAUUAGAUGGAGGUCUAUAUCAAUAUGAUGGUGACAGUAUAGAGGCUGUACCUAUUACAGCGGAGAAGCUACUCGGCUCCUCAUUCCGUCUGGAUGAUAGGACUAUGAUGAUUGGAGGUAAAGAUACCAAAUCUUAUGGUGUAGAUGCUUUAUCUGGACAGGUACGAUAUGUAUGUGGUGUUGAUGGAUGUAAGUUUCUUGGAGAAGGGGAGGUUACUGAUGAUGAAGAUAUUAUUGUCAUUAAGAGAAGUACCCAGACAGUCCGAGCUGUAGAAUCCAAGUCUGGAACAGAAAGGUGGAACUUCAGUGUUGGACAUCAUGAAUUAGAGUUUGUUGAUGCUUCACUACCACUAGCUGAUGAUGAAAUAGGAGAUGAAGAUGGAGUAACAAUAACACCUUGUCCUACUCCAGAUGAAACUGAAGAAGAGGAGAGACUAACAGAUUAUUUAGAUCAUACAUUAAAGAUUAUUGUACCAGAAGGAAUGAUAGUAUCACUGUCUCCAGACCACGAUAAUCAAGUCUUAUGGCAACAUAGGUUUUCCAGUCCAGUAACAAAUGCCUGGUUAUUAAAGAAGGGUGUAAUGAAGAGAUUGAGUUUAUUUGAUAAUAAGUAUGUACCAGCUCUCUCAUCAUUUCAACCAGAUAACUCAAUAGAAGGUCUACCUAAAGAACCGUUACUAUAUGUUGGCAAGUUUUACUCUUUCAUUAACUGA